AAGGAAAGUAUAUACUUAAUUUUAUUGGCCCAUUGAGCUGCUCGUCAGUCUUUGUGGUACAAUAGUCAAAUAAUAUUUUAUGUUCCCGCCCUAUAUCUCGAAGCCUAUUGGAUGUUGGGUGACGCUUCCGUCCAGUUUAAGGAAACAGUUCUUCGUUAGCAAUAAGAGGUGUUGUUGAGUUACCGAACUGAACGAAAACAAAAUCGGCGUAGAUGAAGCUAAACCGAGUGUAGCAGAUCGACUCCGAGUCAGUUCGAAGAUUAGACGAGUUUGUGAUUUAAGGUGAGGCACUCAGCAUGGCAGAAUAUCCCUAAGCAGUUUUCAGCGACUGGGUCUGACGAUGAGCAGGAAGGAUGCGAGGAUAGAAAUGGACCUGGCUUACGGAUCAGCGAAACCGUACGGGUCGUCUCGCAGCAUCGUCAGAAGGAUCGGCUCGACCCUCCCUCUCGCGCCAUGCCCUCGGGUCCGCUUUCAGCUCGAGACGUUCACCGCAGGAGGCGUGGGCGGUUCAGGAGGACACGGCGGGGUUGUAGCAUCACUAGCUGACGUAGGGUGGAUCGAGCAAGAGGAGAACGAUGUCUCUGGGAGACGGCAGUUGGAGGCAGACUCGGGGCUGGCGUUUCGCGCUCAGCAGCGCCCACCUCUCAGACGCCAGCGCUCUUUACCCAGCAUGCACCAGGCCGUGCUCGCUCCGCAGAGCCAGACACUCGUCAGCGAGCAGGCCAUUCAAAAGAUCAGCGCUCUGGAGAACGAGCUGGCUAAACUGCGAGCACAGAUAGCUCAGAUUGUACAGGCCCAGGAGCAGUCUGCAGCUCCUGCUCCAGGUGGUCCUCCUCCUCCACCCUCAGCACCUCCUCUUGCGCCUCCUCCUCCUCCUCCACCACCGCCACCUCCUCCAGGCCCAGGCAUGCAGAGGAGCGUUUCUGCUAUUGACCUCAUCAGAGAGCGGCGUAGUAAAAAGUCCGAUCAGCACACGGUGUUGGAGUCGGGGCCUAAACAGCCCGAGGUGCCGAACAUGUUAGACGUGUUGAAAGAUAUGGGCAAAGUGAAGUUACGCUCCGUUAAAAAUCGUCUUGAGGAAGAUCACAGCAAGACUAAAGCCGGCGAACCCACAGACCCCGCUGCUCUCAUCGCCGAAGCUCUGAAGCGCAAGUUCGCCCAUCGCUACCGCAACGACAGCGAGAACGAGAGCAGCUUCAGUCUCCCUGCUCGAGAAUCGAAACCGCACUCGGAGACGCCUGCAUUCGGACAGCACAUGUUGAAAUCAACAGGAAUAAGAAAACUCGUGUGACGGCGGAUCUGUGAGCUGAACGUCGAGCUCGCGUACACAGGAACAGACACGUAGCUGCAAGGACGCUAAGCGCUCAGUCUGGUUUCCUGCACCCGCAGCGUCGCAGCCUGUUUUUAUGCCUCGUUUAUGUAAAGUUCACGUCACGUCGGAAUUACAGUAACGCAAACACAACUCGUUGAGAAUUUUUUUUUCCCUCUCGGUCUCUUCGGACUCGAGAAAUCAUUUCUGUGGCAAUUUGCACAACAUCGAAAAGGACACACGCUAGCGAGGAAUUAGCCAAACUACAUUUCCAUGUUUCAUUACGCAGUAAACACUCAAAAGCUCGGUUUGUUCAUGUUUGUCGAGACGUUUAAAAAACGAGAUCUUAUUUUCUGAACUCUGACGUGACGUGAGCGAUGAAUCAAGAGCGUUGGAAUUUUUUAUUUGAAAAAAACAAACAUGUUUAACAUGUUCUUGUUUUAUUAUUCUUCCUUUCUUAAAAUUUAAUUAAGGUCUAUCAAAAAAGCGUGCUGAUAAAUGUUCCUGUUCUAUAAAAACACACACACACACACGCAUUACUAUUAAACCUGGUUCCUCUCAGUUCAGUGUUACGUGACAGAAACACGAUUAUAUACGUGACAUGAGCACUUUCUAUAAAUUCUCCUAAGUUCCUGUUAGUGUUAAUUUAUAAAGUGUGUGUAGGGGGGGUAUUUAUGACUGAUUUUAGAUAUUAAUAAUUUAGUCUUGUUAAUAGGAUGUCGUUUGAAUUAUGUUAGUUGCUGCUGGUUAAAAUACACACUACAGAUCUUUCUCUUUUUUUUCCCUCAUUGUUGAUGUCGAACGCAGCUCGGCUUGCUAGGAGGUUUGUGUUAGCUUUUCAGUAGCUACACCUACACGCAUACAUUGCAGUGUUGUUUAAGAUAAUACUUUAUUAAUCCCCAGAUGGAGAAAUUAGGAAUUUAAUUUUAUUCCUUAUGUCUUGUUGCCAAGACGACAAAUCCAGAAACUCAAACGUUCUCAGAGCGGCUUAUUUAAGGUAAACAAGAUUAGAGCAUUUAUAACUAAAUAAAUCACUUGAUUAACUAAAUCGGCAUAAUGUAUACGCUAGAGCGAGUCUUUAAAUUAUUAUUAUUUUUUUAAUUGUCCUCGUUUAAAAAAUUUAAAUAAGCUCACACCUGGAGUUCAUGAGUCUCUGUUGCUUAAGUUUAAUAACAACCCCAUGUUAGGAGUGUUGCGGAACAACAAUAAAUUUACACAGUACACUUUUUUGGACCAGCAUUAUUACUCAGUAACAUGUAGCUAAUUAGAUAUAUACAUUUCCACACUAGUUUUUCACACCCUUUUUCUUUUUUUUUUUUCAAUACAGUUUUUUCAUCUUUGUUUUUGCGAUAUGGUCCAUCCAUGUUCCACUAUUUAGAACACUAAUACAGUUCAUUACACUCUGACUGAAGCACUUUGAUGAAGUAAAAGGUAUAUAGUAUAAAGUACGCUCGGAGCUCAACAUCCAAGUAUUAAAGGGAAUCAGGAUGAAACAUUUCCGUUGUUUAAAACACACUAGAGGAACAUUCCCGUUAUUGUAAUACCUUAUCAAAUCAACUGGAAUAAAGAGUUUCAUCAAUAAAAUGUUUAAAUUCUCA